AUGUCUCCCAAAGUGGGACCCGCCGCUCGGGGCACAGGCAGCCUCCUCUGGAUGCUCCUGUGCCCCCUGCUCUGUGCUCUGGUCCCAGCUGGGGGCUCCACGCUGAGUCCCGGGGACUCGCAGAGCACCGCUGCCACGUCGGCGCCUGAGGACUGGACCGGCAUGGCGAUCCGGCUGCAGCCAGACCUGCAGACCGAGACCCAGGUGCCGAGGGGGGCAUCGACGGGGGCACCGACGGACGCACCGACGGACGCACCGACGGGGGCACCGACGGACGCACCGACGGACGCACCGACGGGGGCACCGACGGGGGCACCGACGGACGCACCGACGGACGCACCGACUGGGGCACCGACGGGGGCACCGACGGGGGCACCGACGGGGGCACCGACGGAGGCUCUGCCAACUCACAGCACCACCAGCAACUAUACAGGUAUGUCCUGUAUCCCCGUCCUGCCGCCACGUCGGGGUUCCUUCUACGUAGAGAGCGGUACGGGCGUGUCGAUCGGCAGCGUGUUGGCCUUCUGGUGCAGGGAGGGAUACCAGCUGGUCGGCAGCGACAAAAUCUACUGCAAUGUCCGGAACGGCAAAUCGCAGUGGAGCAACUACCUGCCUGUCUGCGAAGCGAUCCCCAGACCUGAGGACCGUGGUCUGAGAGUGGCUGUGUUGGCUUCAGUGGUGAGUGGCAUCGUCAUCCUCGCCAUGUCCCUGUCCUUCCUCAUCUGCUGUCUGCAGGAACGAUCCAGUCGGUACCGAGCCAAGAAAGACGGACGGAGCAGGCGCCGAGACAAGCGCUCGUCCCGUCGCAGCGAGUGUUGGCUGGAGAGAGAAGAGGGUGAGUGGGAAGCGUUCCCUCCUCCCAAGAUCUUCCAUCUCUCCCAGAGGAUGAACCCCCGUCUGGCUCCAGACAGCCCCCUCUACCUCACCGGGGGGCUGGGUGGACAUGAGAACAGAGGAUACCAGAGGAGUCAGGAGAGUUUGCUGAAGGCCUCCCUGCCCGGACUCUACCGCUCCGAGUCUCAGCUUUACCCACACGUCGUCCUGCAGAGGGUGGCGACUCCGACGGCACCCUCGGCCCCUUCCGCUCCGUCCGCCCCGCACUACCUCCACCUGCCCUCCUCCGCCUCCUCGCCUGCCCACCCGACCCACGGUCAGCCUCACAUCAUGGCGCAGUACCCUACGCCGACGUACCCGCCCCACCCCAACACGCCGGUUCCCGCGUACCACCCGACACCGGCGCCCAUCUACCCCAACCCCAACCCGACACCCCAGCGGCCAUGGCAGUAG